GAAGAAAAAGAAAGAAGAGUGAAAGAAGGAAAGAAGAAAGGAAAGAAGAAAGGAAAGAAGAAAAGAAAGAAGAAAAGAAAGAAGAGUGAAGAAAAAAAAGAAGAGUGGAAGAAGGAAAAAAAAAAAAAAGAAAAAGUGAAGAAAGAAAAGAAGAGAAAGAAGAAAAGAAAGAAGAAGGAAAGAAGAGUGAAGAACGAAAAGAAGAGUAGAAGAAGGAAAGAAGAGUGGAAGAAGGAAAGAAGAAGAGAAAGAAGGAAAGAAGAGUGGAAGAAGGAAAGAAGAGUGAAGAAAGAAAAGAAGAGUAGAAGAAGGAAAGAAGAGUGGAAGAAGGAAAGAAGAAAAGAAAGAAGAGAGAAAGAAGGAAAGAAGAAAGAAGGAAAGAAGAAAAAGAAAGAAGAAGGAAAGAAGAAAAGAAAGAAGAAGGAAAGAAGAGUGAAGAAAGAAAAGAAGAAAAGAAAGAAGAAGGAAAGAAGAGUGAAGAAAGAAAAGAAGAGUAGAAGAAGGAAAGAAGAGUGGAAGAAGGAAAGAAGAAAGAAGAAGAAGAAGAAGAAGAAGAAGAAGAAGAAGAAGAAGAAGAAGAAGAAGAAGAAGAAGAAGAAGAAGAAGAAGAAGAAGAAGAAGAAGAAGAAGAAGAAGAAGAAGAAGAAGAAGAAGAAG